AUGCAAUUUUCAUUAUCCCAAAUCGAAACUAGAAUUGCUUAUUAUCUAAAUCCACAAGCAGCAAAUCGAGCUGAAGGUGGAAAAGAAGGAAACGAGGAAAAUGAGAUCGAGAAAAUCGAAAAUUGGAAGGAGAAAAUCUGGCAAAAUGCUGAGGGUUUGAGUGGAAUGAAGAGGGAGCGAUUGACUGUGUAUGCUGUUGGAUUCACGGUGUUUUAUGUGAUUUUUGGAAGUGUUUUGGCCAUGUUAUCACAUGUUAUUUGCACUUUUUUGCCGGUUUUGCAAUCGUUGAAGGUUUGUUGGAACAGGCGCAGAAAAAUGUUUUAAAAUUCAAAUUUUUGAGCAAAAUUAUCAAAUGCGCUCUACUGGCAAUUGUGUGUUUUCUGAAAUUUUUUGAAAUUGGAAUCCAAUAUGGCCUAGAAAACCAAAAGAAAUAUUUGAUUUUCUAGGCCAUCUCUUCCAAGGGAACAUUUUUGUCACUUCCAAAUUUCCCACGCAUUUUUCUCCUAUCAAAAAUUCCCAAAACAAAAAAUUUUGUAAUUUUUGUUACAGCACAUUCGAAAAUCGCCAAACAACCAGAAAAACGCUGAAAAUCUUCUGCUGUAUUGGAUUGUUUUUGCAGUCUUCACAAUUUUUGAUUUUCUUCCCAUCGCAAGUAUUCCGAUUUAUUUUUUUGUUAAAGUGAGAUUUUUUGGAAUUUUUUUUCAAAUUCAAUUUUCAAAAAAAAUAUUUUCAGUCCGCUUUCUUCUUCCAUCUCUAUCAUCCAUCUUCAAAUGCAAUUGAACAAGUUGGACCUUAUAUAGACACAUUUUUCAAACUUCUCGAAUCAAUGUGGAUUCAGAGUUCGAAUCAAGAAGAAGAAGAAGUUUUGAUCAAAAAUUCAGAAUCGCUGCUCGCAAUUACGGAAAAUUCUGAAAUAGAAGACGAAAGUAAAGAACAUAAUUGCUGA